AUGGAUCAGCCUCGACCUCCUCUGCGGCAGUUUACAGGAAAUUUCCCGGCGGCACGACCUGCUACAGCCUCGCCUGCACCACGACUACGGCCUCAGCCCUCUUUUCGGGAUCGUUUCUGGUCCAGAACCAGCGCAAAUUACGACGGAGAGGACGAUGCCAUCCCAGAGCCUCAAAACAAUCUCACAAAGAAAAGUCCCUACGUCCCCCGGAAUGCAGCCUCCGGCUUCUCGAGAACCGCAACCGCGCCGCAUGAACAGCUCAGACGAAAGGUGGAGAGACGACCAAGCAAAGACUCGGUAAUCGAUGUCUACGCUAGCUCACCUCUGAGUGUGCUAGCCGCAGGCCACUUAUACGUCCAUACUCCCUCCGAGGCCAGCGCCACGGACUUUGCCGAUUUCAUGACCACCGCUCAAAACGAAGAGCGCCUCCGCCAGGCUGCCAAUGCCGUGCAUGCACGAAGCCAGUAUCGCGACAGCGGUUACUAUUCCUCGUCCAACGGCGGCCGUACCGACGGACGCUACUCGCCAUCUGUCCCAUCAUCGGCAUCGGUAGCUGGUUUGAAAAAGCUGAAAUCACAGCCUUCCAUGAGGACGUUUGGCCAGCGCAUUGCAGAUUAUAUCAAGCCUCCACGAGACGACUCGUUACCACCCAUGCGCCGGUGA